ACUAUGAAUAGCGAUCCAGCCGAUACACGAACAUAACCCGCGGUUUGUAGCUCACCCAGUCAGCGAAAAAAAAAAAGUGCUCUAGCUACGACGAUUUCCUUGCUUCCAGCGCUACAGGCACUGUACUUCAGAAGCCCUAUCAGCCCUCAACGACCUACUCGCUAGCUUGUAUAGUUCCGUCUAGUCGUCUAGGCAGUCCUACUACAGUCACCAUUUCAUGAUCGCUUACCAUUGUCAUCCAGCUGUUAUCAAAGAUAUAUUGAUCGUCCCACGAUAAAGCUCUGAAAAUGAAAGUCACUGAGAAGGACACCGACAGAACAGCCGAGGUCAACGUCUUCAUCGAAGGCCAAGUUCCGGCAUUGAAAGAGUACGGUGAAUAUAUCGAUCCAAGGGACAAAGCAAUAUGUUGCUACGUGGCUCUGUAUGAGGGCGAUAAACCUCGCAUCAGAGGCCAGUUCUCUGGCACGACUCUGGCCGUGGCCUGGGAUACUAUCGUGGACGGAGUACUUCGUAAGGCAAACUCGUACGCAGCCAAAGCGGUAAGCUUUCAGAACAAGAGGAAGAUAGAAACAGUAAAGUUUCUGUACAAGACUACGAAGGGGAUCAUUGAUACCGACAUCACCGUGGCACCACUGCUAGGUUUCGCUACGACACAAAAUAAUGACCCCGAGACAAUCGGAACUUUGGAACUGCGCCUGUACAUUACCCGACAGCUAGGAACUUGGCACGAUGUAGGUGAAGUUAAAAAGUACUUCACAGUCGGAGGUAGCAUCGGAGAUAAGCAAACAGGUAGUAUGGAACAGAAGGCGAGUUACAAGGUCAUCCCUCCGACUUUCAGGAUGUCGUUCGAGACGAACGCUGCUCUUCUAGAGGACAGACAGCCAAGUCUUCAACAGCGCAAGGUGGACGCGAAACGUCCAGGCACAGAGCCCUGGGCCAUAUUUCGUUUCCACUAUCGAAGUCAAGAAGACAUUUUAAAGCGAGAAAUGGAGAUGACUCAUGACCCGAACAGCAAAGAGAAGCCCAAACCGCAUACCCUAUUCCUAAAUCCCGUACCCCCUCUGCUAUUGGGCGAAAAACCGUGUAAGAACGACGGGGAGGCCUCGUCCCGAUCAUCAUCAUCAUCCCCAAUGUCUCCUAGCAAACCUUCUACUCCAGCAAGAAGCGCAAAGCCGGGCCUCAAAGUAAGAGUCAAGAAGGCGCUCGACAGUCUCGAGACUGAUAGAGACGCUCCUACUAUCUCUACUGGCAAUGAUGGCGAUAAGGUUGUUGACAAAAUUGCUGUUACGCCUCCUGAGCCGGCAGCCAACUCUAUCGCGAAGUUGUCCAAUCUUCCAGGUCUCGAGGCCAAGUCCGCAAUCUCACAUCCAGAGAGACCCGCGGUCGCAGCGGAAGAAACAGUUAGGAAGCCUCCACAGUCGCCCAUCACGCAAGGAAAGAAGCCGGUUGAGAGACCAGCGCCAAUCAGUGGUAUCACGAGUAUGGGAAAGAAGCCAGAUACCCCGCCCGUCGCAGCUAUACCGACCAAGCGUCAGAUACGCACCACAAAUAGCGCAACGUCCGAGCCAAAGCGCACCAAGGCCGUCCUGACGCCUCCUGCACUCUUAGUUGAGCCUGUAGUUUCAAGUACCCUUCUGCGCUCACCUACCCCAAAGCCCAUGUCAAUCGAGCGACAGCUUGCGGAUCAGCGCAAGAAGCUCGAAGAACUGCGCAAGAAGCGUAGCGAUACCGCUCACAAACAAGCUGUGAUCGACAAAGAGAUGAUUCCCUACAAGCAGCGUAUGGCCGAGGAGCUGGAUCGUCUCCAUCAAAUCAUGACACAAGAGGAGAACGCUUAUGCUGAGGAGACUGAACACUACAGUGCUAGUAUAGGGAUUCUGCAGGCGUUCAAGAAGGCAGAAGGUAGCAACUAGGUUGCUGGUUGAGUGCAAGUUCGACAAAAGUGCGUCGGAAGGAGUAUGGCGUUGAGGUAUAAAAAAAUGAGGCCUGGAGUGAUUCGGAGUUUUUGAGGACCUCAGAGGAGUUGGUCAAAGCCCGGCUGGCAACUACCAACGGUAUUGAAUUCACGAACGGAUCGACAAAUGCUUAGUGAGGCGACUACCAAUGCCGCGAAGGGGAAAAGUGCUUAUGAUUGCUUAACAUCAUGUAUUCAGUAGCCAACACAAGGUACUGGUGAGCAUAGUUUGGGUUGAAGGACUAUCCAGUUAUGCGACGGCUAAUAUGAUUUAUU